UCAUGCUAGCUCGUCCAUUUUGAUUCGUGUUUUCAUUGCAGAGAUGGAUGAGGGUGACGAGUCGGGUUUAGUCCACUCUCACAACACUUCAACCGUGUCGAAAUCGGGUGGCGACAAGAUGUUUUCUCUGAAGAAAUGGAAUGCUGUAGCAAUGUGGAGCUGGGAUGUUGAAUGCGAUACAUGUGCCAUCUGUAGAGUCCAAGUAAUGGAUGCGUGCCUGCGGUGUCAAGCUGAAAACAAACAAGAGGACUGUGUUGUGGUUUGGGGAGAAUGCAACCACUCUUUUCACAAUUGCUGCAUGUCACUGUGGGUGAAACAGAACAAUCGCUGCCCACUGUGCCAGCAGGACUGGGUUGUACAGAGAAUUGGCAAAUGAACAACUCCUAAAUCUUCUACUUGCUGCGUCUGUCUGAGGACAAGGUGGACUACACUGAUGUACAGCUUCCUGUACCACAUUCAAGUGUGAUGGGUUAUAAUCUGGUCAAAUCUACAAUGCCCUCCAAACAGAGUUGUGGGAUGUUGAACUGGGAAAGAAAACGGGUCUGUGGUGGAUGGCAGCAGUAUGUCUUUUCCUGGGUUAGCUAGAUAGAUUUUGUGUUGUCAUUGUUUUUUGUGCAUUGUAAAUAAAAAUGUGUAAUCAAAUUAAAA